AUGGACCCUCUCCACCACGACAAUCUCUCAAUCCGCACAUUCUGGCACUCGAUAAUGGCGCCAAAAGUGCGAUUGACCAACCCGAAUGUUCGUGUCAAGACCGAAAUCCGAAACGAUCGACGUGCGCCGUUCUUUGUCACCACUCUUGACGACGGUCAAAAACUGCACAUUUCAACGGAAAACAUGUCUGCAAUGGACGUCAUCAUGAACUUCAAUCGACUCACCGGACAACCACAACUCGGAAAAGCUGGAACUCGUCCGAAAGCGAAAAUUUGA